AAAUAUUAAAUAAUUUAAUAGGUGAAUGAUUUUAUUUUAAAUAAUAAAUAUAUGUUUAUUUAUUUAAAAAGUAAAAUAAAAUGUAAACAAAAAAAUAAAAUAUAAACUAAAUAUAUGUAUAUAUGUUUAUUUGAACAAGCGGGCGUGGUUCCCGGUGAAAUCAGACAAGCAGCGGGACUUUGUUUCACUAACACCCCGCCCCAUUUUUUCACUUCCUUUUCCACUCACACUCAGUCAUCUCUCUCAUUUUCCACACAGUCCUCUCUCGCUCUUCACCCCCACAUCUCGUCUCUCCCUCUCUCUUUUCACCCCCCACAGUCGCCUCUCUCUCUUUUCACCGUGUCUCUCUCGUCGCUCUGGUCUCUCUGGUCUCUCAUCAGCACAUCUCUCUCAUCUCAGGUUUGGAUUUCAAGUUAGGGCAUGGUUUGAGGGCUCGAUGCUUUGAUACUCCUAACUAGGGGUUUCUCUCUUUAAAUCAGGGCUUCAUUUCUUUAUUUUCUUCCAUUUACAGGUCUUUCUUCUUUUAAACUACAUCUAAUCGUACUUUAUCUUUGAUUUCAGGUAUUUUCAGCGGAGGCUUUGCAUUUGGAAUUAGGGCUUCUUCGGUUGAUUUUAAGGAUUUCAUUUAAAGGAUUUAAAAUUAGGGUUUCAGUUUAAAGAUUUUGCUACAGAGACAGGAAAGCUUUUUAAAUGGAAGUUGGUAACUUGUGAUUCUGAUUUGUCAUCAUUAAUUGAGAAAACUGGUGAUGGUGAAUACAUUGAUUUUUAUGUGGACAACGUUAUUGAUAACGAUGUCCAGCCUAUUAAACAAAUGCAGCCACAUGUAGUGAUAAGGCCAAGGCAUAAUCUACUUCAAGCUAAAAAACCUGUCAAACGUAAGUUUGUUACGGCUCAUCAGCUACAACAGCAGCACAGGAACAAGAAGGCAAACCUAGGGAUUCCGGACAAACUUCCAAAAGUGGGUACUCGCAAGUCUCCAAGACUAGACAAGCUUGAAAAUUACAAUGAGGCCACCAGUAAGUCGGCAAGUGCGAGGAGGAAGUUGGAUUUGCAAAAUCCACCACACGAGGAUGAAACCAUGGGAGAGAAUGUUACUGAGGGUACAAACCUACCUCCUCCCCCACCCUUGACAGAGUAUGAAGUUCAGAGAGCUAUAAGGAUCCAAAAGAAUAAUGAAGUUUAUUAUGCUCUGAAUUUACCUGUGCUAUCAGCUGGACUUAAAAAAGCUGAAUCGAAGGACAAACAAAAAGAAAAGAUGCGGGAUGGGAGUGAAGAUUAUGAUCCAGCACAGGAUGAUGGUAGCGAUGCUGCUGGAUCAGUGUCUCCACCAAAGGGAAAGAAGAAAGAAAGUAAAAAAAAGCUUGUCAUGGGACGUGGACCAACAACACGUUCUCGAGCCAAUGUUGGAAGCAAGACAACUGAGGAUGGAAGCGAUAAGGAACCGACGCAUCAUUCGGUACAACCAACAACAGUUGCAAAUCCAUUAAUUGAGAUACCCCAAGCAAAUGAUGGAAAUGGUUCAAUGACUGCUUUUUUGGCUCUCCGGAAACGCCAACAAGAGGAAGCUAAAAAGGAAAAAGAAGAAAAAGAAAAGCUCGAAAAAGAAAGAGUUGAAAAGAAAAAAGCUCUUGCAGAUGCAAGUAAAAAGGUUGUUCAAGAAUCUAUGCCUGAAAUAGAAGAGGGCGAUGAAGAAGUUGUAGUUCCAUACCGCCCAAGAGGAAAGACAAGAAUGGAUAAAGUUCAUACAAGAAGUUUUGAGCAGAGAAUUGUGAUUGGGAUGAAUGAGCUGGGCCAACCCAUAACAGAAAAUGACAAGGUACUCUCUGAGCUGAGUAGCUUUUUGGGAACACUGGCCAAGCGAUGUGUGCCAUUGACUUAUGUAACUUGGCGCAAAGUUCCUAAAAAUUUGAAGGAAACUAUGUGGAAUUAUGUCAAGGCCCGCUAUAUUAUUCCCGAUGAACUGGAAAGUUGGGCAAUUGAGACAAUUCAUGCAUCCUGGAGGGGGUAUAAGUGUCGAACUAAGGCAGCGCAUUAUACAGCUUUUGAAACUGAUGAAAUUAGGCUACAAAAUAGGCCUGAUGAUAUUCCACUUGAGAGGUUCAAAUUGCUGUUGGAAUAUUGGAAUGAUGAAAGUAUUCAGGAUAAAGCCAGGAAAAAUUCAAAUAGCCGCAAGUCAUAUACCGAGACUCACACUCUUGGUCCUAAAAGUAUCGCACAGCUUCGACACAAAAUGAAAAAGAAUGCCCCAGAUGAGUCUGAACCAUGUGAUGCAGAGGUUUUUGUGAAAACUCGGACUCGUGAUGCAGGACGCAAGUACAAGACCAGUACUAAAACAAUGAAAAAGAAAAUUGAUAAAAUUAACAAAAAAAUCAAUUCCGGGGAGGCUGCUGAUGAAAUGCUUUUGGAUAAAGAGCAUGGCCCGACUUGGCUCUUAGGGAGAUGCAAGAAGCCGCAAAAACUAUCAGCUGCUGCUCCAACGGAUACAUAUGUCAAAGAAUUGACAACAAAAAUUAAGGAAAGCCUUGCUGCUGAAGUCGAGAAAAAAGUGAAGAAAAUCCAAGAAGAGGUAGAUGAGCAGGUAAACAGGAAGGUGCAACAAAAUUUGGCAUCGGUCCUUAAAAAACUUGGUGAAGCAAACCCCAACAUCACAAUUGAUGUUACAGAGCUGUGUGCACAUGUGGCCAGUGACAAUGACGAUGGCACACCAAUGACUAAAGGCACCAGCUUCUAGUUUGCUAAUAGUAUGGUUGUUUAGACUUUGGUUCUUUGAAGUUAUUUUGACUAGCUAAUAGUAUGGGGUUAUAUAUCUAGACUUUUUGUUAUUAAACUGUUAGUUUGCUGGUAGUUGGUCGAUUCUGGAUAUUAUGUUGGUUUAGCUGUGGAUUUGAUGUUGGAGUAAAUUGGAUUUGAUGUUGGUUUUUGUAUGUUUACAAUGGUUUGUUGAAAUGAUGGACAAAUUUUGGGAA